CGAAACGUCAAACCGAGAGUUCAAAGGAAAAGCGCAGCGGAGAAGCGAAAAAAUCCCAAGUCGUCCGUCGCGUAUCGUGUCAAAUUCGUCGAGAAGCAGUCCUCGUCUCAUCAGCCAUCAUUUUCGGACCUGGGGCUGGUGUCGUCGUCGUCGUCGCGAAACAAAAAAAAAAGUGGAAGAGAAAGGGGCCUCGUAGCAAAUUCGUCGUCGUCUUAUCGUGUCGUGUGUCGCGUUGGAAUUGGUGUAUUUUUCGUUUUCGUUUGGUUUUCUUUUCUGAAGUUCUGGAAGAGGACGGUUCCACGGGCAGACCUUUGAACUCGGAGCCAGUCGCCACCCCGUUGCUGCCAUCCCCUCGAGGGGAAAGGAGUUUCGAAACAAGCAAGAGCAAGGAGAUUUGGGUAGUUUCGGGCAGUGUCUCCCUGCGGAAUCGAUCCUCGGGACAAGGGCAACAGUGACAGGCACAGCAAAAUCAGCCAUCCGGAGCUCCGUGGAAGAAGCAAAUUUACAGUUUACAAAUCUACCACAAAGAGCGAGUGAGAGAGCGAGGGACGACACAGCAAGGAGGGGCUGCUCAAAGCAAAAAGACAGAAAGGAAAAAAAAAACCUGUCACAAGGAACGACCCCGCAAUGGCGAAAACGUACGAUUACCUGUUCAAGCUGCUGCUGAUUGGCGAUUCCGGUGUCGGCAAGACGUGCAUCCUGUUUCGGUUCUCCGAGGAUGCGUUCAACACGACCUUCAUCAGCACCAUCGGAAUCGACUUCAAAAUCCGGACAAUCGAGCUGGAUGGCAAGAAGAUCAAAUUGCAGAUUUGGGACACGGCCGGCCAGGAGCGCUUCCGGACGAUCACGACCGCGUACUACCGGGGCGCGAUGGGCAUCAUGCUGGUGUACGACAUCACGCAGGAAAAGUCGUUCGAGAACAUCAAGAACUGGAUCCGGAACAUCGAGGAGAACGCGUCCGCCGACGUCGAGAAGAUGCUGCUCGGCAACAAGUGCGAGCUGAACGAGAAGCGCCAGGUGACCCGGGACCGAGGUGAACAGCUGGCGGUCGAGUACGGGAUCAAGUUUAUGGAAACGUCGGCGAAGGCGAGCAUCAACGUGGACGAGGCAUUCUUCACGCUCGCCCGAGACAUCAAGUGUAAAAUGGAGAAGCGAAUGGAAGCGAACAAUCCUCCCAAGGGCGGACACCAGCUGAAAGCGUCAGAGCAACCCCGGAAGGCACCCAGUUGGUUAUCCAAGUGCAAUCUGUUUUGACCUUGUAAUAGUCCUAUUAAUUAUUGUAACUUUUUUAUAUAACAUACUAAAUAAUAACUGUAAUAAUAUAUACUGUGUAGAACGGCUAAGCGCGAGACGGGGACAAACCGAACCAGGGCCGACAACAAGAGUGGCACAUAUUAUUAUGAUUGGAAACGGAGGGUUGAAGUGUUGACUUCACACACAACACGGAAGAAAUUUACAUUCAAUUGAUGGAACUUUUUUUGAAGCCGAAAGUAACUCCCUCCAGGACAUCGUUCACAAACAGACACAAAAACGCAGGAAAACAAAAAUCGCGCGCGGUACGGUUUUUAAUUUAUUUACACAUUAUAAAGUGAAAGCGAAAAUCUAAUCCACUAGAAGACACAGACAACACACAUAGAAACGGGCGACCACCGGAACUAGAGGUCGUUAAAAAAAAGAAAUACUUAUGAUGUAAACCGACACCAGAACGAACACCCACUGAGGUCUAAAACCGAACCCCACUCUUCCUCCUUCCGCCACACUACUCCACUCCAUUCGAUUAGGGAUGUCCAACUAGAAGUGCACUAAUUUGAAAGCCCCCUUCCGCUCAAACCCCAAAUCCAUCCCUUCCGGUGCUAAUUGUCGAGUAAUACAACUUCACCACACACACUCACUCUCGGUCCACCCAAACACUUUCCACCCCACCCCCGGAAACCGGAAGACCGCGCCGCGCCGCGGUGGUUUGCAGAACGCAGGUUUGGACAGGGUAAAGAACACAUUCAUGCAGGCACUCCUUCACCACACCACUCACGCAAACAAAAUGGUCGCGCGCGCUCACCUUGGACAUCAAUAGGCGUAUUAUAAUAGGCGAUGAAAACGUACAUUCUCAAGUAUAAAACAAGAAAAAAAAGUAAUAAGGUAAAAUUAAAAGAAAGAAAAAUAAAACGAAGAAGGUUCGUUCGACGGACGCGGACGCGGGAAAUUUCACAGAAUUGCAAAAGUGUAACACAAGGAAACAAAAAAAAGGGUGAAACUCAUUUCAAUUGUCGUAACUAUUAUGUGGUUAAAUGGAGACAAACAAAAAAAAAAA